UGGGAGAAGAGGUCUUCAUUGAGGAAACAAGUGUGAGCUGCUGUUCAAAGAAGAGCUACUGAGCAACCACAACUUGACCGAUUGCGUUUGGGCUCGAAAGGCAAUCAGGAGCAACCGAGUGAAAAUAUAGAACAUUUUCAAUAUGUCAAAAGUAUUUCUCAGCAUUGUGGCAGUCACCAUUCUUGUGGUGGCAGGGACAUGGGCCCAGAAUCCCAGGAAGGCACCCAAACCACCAAAGCCAUCCAAGGCUCAGUGUUGCAAUGAGGUGCGCUCUCUCAAGGUUCAAGUGGCCAAUCUUACCAGUCUCCUUGGGGAGCUGAGUCGCAAGCAGGAGGCAGACUUGAUGACUGUCGUGAGGCAAAUCAUGGAUCUGGACAAGCAGAACCGGCAGCAGGAAGCCAGGGUCACUGAGGCUGAGAGCAAGUACUCUGAAAUUAACAACCGUGUGGAGAUCAUGCAGCUUCAGACCCUGCAGUCUGCUCCUCAGACGACAACAGAUGCCAUAUAUGACUGUGCAUCACUCUACAGCAAGAACUAUAAGAUUUCUGGCGAGUAUAAACUUCCAAAAGAUGAGUUCCUGGGAACAACUGAUCUCAGUGUGUUCUGUGAUAUGGAGACGAAUGGAGGCGGCUGGACUCUAAUCCAGAGGCGCAAAAUUGGUCUGACAUCAUUUAACCGUGACUGGAAGCAGUACAAAACCGGAUUUGGAUCAAUCCGUGGAGACUUCUGGCUUGGCAACGACCACAUAUUCCGUCUAACAAGGCAGCCCAGUGUGCUCAGGAUUGAGAUGGAGGACUGGGAAGGCGAGACUCGUUAUGCUGAGUAUGGGUUUUUCAAUGUGGCCAACGAGCUCAACAGCUACAAGCUCUUCCUUGCCCACUACAGUGGGAAUGCUGGAGAUUCCCUGCGCUACCACAACAACACCAACUUCAGCACCCUCAACAAAGACAAUGACAAGUGUGUAGAUGACUGUGCUUCAUUACGCAAAGGUGGUUACUGGUAUAACUGCUGCACCGACUCCAACUUGAAUGGAGUUUUUUACCGCUACGGUGAGCACAUGAAGAGCACAGCGGGGAUCACUUGGUACGGAUGGCAUGGUCCCAACUAUUCCCUCAAAAAGGUGGAGAUGAAGGUCCGGCCAGUAGGUUUCCAGCCAUAAGUUCGACAGCUGUACAUCCUGGAUCGAGAUCAAAUGAGAUCUCAAUGAGACGUGGUCGACCAAAUGAUGGCUUCCCCUCAGCUGACAAAGGAAGGGGAUUUGUUUGUAUUUGGCCUGUUUAAGUUCAAGUCAGUUGAAUGUUUUGUUGGUAUUGGGUGUGAUUGUAAAUUGUAGUUGUGUGUAAUGUAUUUAUCAGUAAAAUAUUGUAUUUUCUCAAACCUUAAACACAAGCUUUUUACCACUGUACCACAUGGGUGGCUGGAUUAUGACUCAUUUUAUAGUACUUGCAAAAAUCAAGGAAACGUUUUUUUUUUUUUAAACUUGAUCAGUUCAAUUAAUGGAUUUGCCAAGAUACUAUCUAUUUCAUGUAUGGGUAAAACCUAAUUUAAUUUUUGGGAUUAUUUUAUUUCUGGAAUGCUGCAUUUGUAAAAUGUGUACAGAGCUGUAAGUAUGCCUUUUUAUGUGAUGGAAAAUAAACAUAUUUUUUAAAAGAAA